UGACAUUUCAAUCACUAAAACGAGUUUAUAGUUUGUCAAUAAAUGAAAAAUUAGUUUUAUACAUGUAUAUUUGUGAUUUAAUUUUAAAUCAAUUAUUCUUAUUGAGUAUUUAAUAAAAUGGUGGACAAUCUUCCUUUGAUUCCUGAUAAACAAGGCGUGUGCGCUGAUGUACGGCCGGUGCUUCGAGAGGUGUUCCGCGAGCUGGAUUAUCUGCCUCCCUUGGCAACAGAAGAAAGAGAUAAACUACACGUGGCGGGGGACGCUGAUAUUUCUCUACCUAGUGUAGAUCAUUGGGUAGACAAAUACAAGUCGGGGUGUAAACAAAUCUGGCAGAGGGAGGGGGAGUUGAAACAGCACCGAGCGAUGACAAUCUCACGGAAACCAUUGCCGAAUAUAUACAAAUUGCACGCACCAAGAGGUGGAAACGACAAUGCUGAUUGGAAGAAGAGGCAUGGAAUAUUGGAGAGGAAGGAUCUGAUCCCUUCCAUCGAGCAAAAUGCUGGGCGUUCCGCAAGUCUGUGGAUCAAGAAUAUCUUGAACAGAAGCUCGUGCGAGGUGAGCUCCGUGACGCUGCGAGGGUCACGUGUUCGGCCUCCCUUGCAAUUACAACCCCGGGAUGAGGUCACUCUGCAGUCUAUGAGCAUAGGUGAAGUGUACGAGCAUCACCCCGCCCCACCGACCCCCCCUCCGCCGGAGAUACCUCAGCCAGAGUACAUUCUAUGCGUGCCUCCUCGACUGGACUUUAUAAAUUUCACUAUCGGACAAUUGCAUACGCAAGGCAUCCGCCUCAUCAAUGUCUCUAAGUUUGAGAUUCGUUUAUCCAUCCGUCCUCCCGUGCGUAAGGAGUUGGAUAUAGAGCUGGGUGGUACCCGAGGACUGACGGUGACGUCAGGGGCUGCUGCUGAGAUCCGCGUACACUUCAGACCACGGGAUGUGCGCGUGGUGAUAGACCAGUUGCUGGUCAGAGUAUCGGCUGGAAGAAAUUUCGCGGUGCCCAUAGCUUGUUUCAUGCAGCCACCGAUUCUUGAGAUCCUAGUGCCGAGCAUAACGUCGUCUAUGCUCACAUGCACACCGGGCGAUAUAGAAACGUGCGAGAUGAUGUCGCGCAGCAGCGAUGUACUGGAGCUUGGCGCGCGACUGCUUGGUGACGUGCACCUCGUCAAGAUGCUGCUGCAUUGCGAAGCUGAACACGCGGAGUUGUUUGUGCUCACAGAAAACGACUGGCUCUCUUUUUGUUUGGAUGAUCUGAGUGCGGACGGCAGCGUGGUGUCGGGCGGGUUCUCGUGGUGGCCAGCGCGCUGGGCGGGCGGCGGCGCGGUGCGCGCGGCGGCAGCGUGUCGCGCGCGCAGUGCGGGGCUGCACACGGCGCCGCUGCGGCUGCUCGCCUCCACCGCCGUCGCGCGCCCGCUGCAUCUGCUCGCCGACGCGCUCAUGUUCGCCACUACACACAUCACUAUACAGGCGCAGGAGAAGGACUACGACAUUUGCAGCGAGGACGACCCGGCGUGCGAGUACUUCGUCCACUUGGGCACUGCUUUCCCGGGACGAUCACUCACUGCCACUAUUCUUUUGGUGAACCACAGUCCAGUGCUAUAUACAUACUACUGGACGGUCCGUCCGUGGGGCGUGUGCUCGUGCUGGGAGGAGGAGAGGGGAGACCACUCCGGAGAUGCUGACGACGAUAGUGAGCGGCUCUGUGUCGGCGCGCAAGAGGCAAAGGCGCGAAAUACCACCGCAAAUAGUGGCGCCGAAGAGGCCGGGUGCUUGCGGGCGCGGCGCGUGCGCGUGGAGCCAGCGGGGGCGGUAGCGGCACCGCGCUCCUCGCGAGCUGUGCACGUCGCCGCGCCCGACGUCGGCACCGACCUCGGCACCCAGCGCGCUGUGCUCAUGUUGGUGUUAAAAGACAUCCCAAAGGAGAGCUUCCCACCCGACUACGAGCCGAUGGUGAUUAGCAGCAAGACUGUGGACUCGGAGCCGAUACCAGGAUUUCGGCGCUGGAAGCGCGAGGUGUGCGACGUGGUGUGCUGCCAGCUGGAGGUGUGGUGGGAGGUGGCGCCGCUGCGGUUCGUACUGGACCCGCCAGUGCUGCCCAUAUACCACUCCAAGAGGGUGCAACAUGUCGACGUGCUAAUCCGUGCCACGCAACUGUUCGGGUGCGAGGGUGUGCGCGGUGCGUGGUGCAUGCCGAGUCGGUGCGGCGGCGCCGCGCCCCCCGCACCGCGCCUCACGCCCGCCAACUCGUGCGCCGCCAAGUUGCCGCUCACGCUGCCGCCCAUACACGACCACAGCGUCGAGACUGAUGUCAUCGCGUUGGUGGCGGCAAAUGACGAGUGGAAGUCCCUGUGCGAGAUCUGGCGACAGUGCGCCGGUCGGCAUUUGUCUUUGCGGCCCGGGUUCCACUGGCUGGGCAUCGUGCCGCCUGGAACUCAUAUGAGCGCCACCCUGGAUGUUCAUAAUGAUACUUAUCAAGAGGUGGAGUGGCGGUGCAGCGCGUACCGCUGGGUGGGAGAGAACGAGCCGCGUGCGGUGUGCGCGACCCGCGCGCCGUGCGCUCGCUGCCUCGAGCGCGCGUGCUCGUGCGCGCUGCUGGUGCGCGACGAGGGCCGUCUGCCGCACGCGCACCGCGCCGCACUGCUCUACGACGUCAACGCGCCCGAGCGAGAUGGCUGCGUGUGCACUGUGGUGCGGGCAUACGCGGCGGAUGCAGCGCAGGAGGCGGGGGAGGCAAGCGCGGGCGCGUCCUCGGCUCGCGGCGCCGCGCUCGCGUACCGCGUGCUCGCGCCCACGCUCCUCCUGCGCGUGUUGCCGUGCCGAGCGGACGGUGCGCGCUGUGAAGGUUGCAAGCUGGACCCGGGUGAGCUGUGCAGCGAGCGCGGCGCGGCGACGCUGCGGCCGCGGCGGGCGCUCGCGCUGGCGCACCGCUCGUGCUACCGGCUGCGGCUCAUCAACAUCACGCCGCUGCCCACCUACAUACGCUGGGAACCCGCUCUAGAAGGAGAAGAUAUUCUGAAGGUGACGUUCACACCGAACCAAGUGGACAUUGCCAGCUACGGAGAGGUGGAAAUACAGGUGGUGCUGGAAGCUCUGAAGGUGUGCAGGCGGCGCGUGUUCGUGUAUCGAGCGCUGGUGGACCACGCCUACAAGCCGCUUUACCUUCUCAUAGACGCGGCUAUCGCGGGUCUGGAGGUGGUGUGCGAGGUGCCGAUCGGCGGCGCGCUACAUCCCGACGCCAUCGUCGCGCUCCGACGCACGCAGAGAGAGUGUCGCCCUGGAGAGGCGUUGGGAGUGACGUCCCUCACGCCCGCUGACAUAUUCUCUCAGGAGGACCAGCGCAGGGACGAGCAGAAAGAGAGCAGAUGUCAGUGUCCAUUCGAGAUGGUGUACGUCCCGCCAGUGAAAAGGCCCGAGCCCCCGCCGCCGGAGGACUACACGCCGCCCGUCGAGAUCGUGGAGGAGCCGCCGGCGCUGACGAGGGUGUGCCCGUGCUGCUGCUCCGUCAAGCCGCUACUGCCCGACCACUACGAACCGAUCUGUCUGCAGUUCAGGGACCUGCCGCUCAGAACAGUUCGUUCCCGGCGGCUGGUGAUCCGCAACGAGUCGUCGGUGAGCGCGCGCUGGAGCAGCGCCGUGCGCCGCUGGCCGAGGGUGCACAGCAGGACGCUCCACGCAGGUACUGUGACAGAUCGGGGUCCCUUCCAUCUCAACUCAAAUCAAAAGUGGGUGUGCGACGUGCGCGCGCCGGGCGUGCGGCUGCAGUGCUCGCCCGCGCGCGGCGCGCUGCCGCCGCGCUCCGCCGCCGACGUGCUGGUCAGCGUGUACGCCGCGUGCUGGGGACUCUACCGGGACCAGAUACUCAUACACGUACUUACUUCACUUACAUCUCUUACAAACCGCAGGUUUAUUGAUGACGUGGAGAUAGUCCGCUGCCUCAAUUGCCAACAAUACGGGCAUGUGCAUAAGUUCUGCACCAUUAAAACACCAACUUGUGCCGUUUGUGCCGAGGCACAUGAAACCAAGGCUUGUCCACAUAAGGACAAUCGUGAUUUUAAGCCCGUAUGCGCAACUUGCAAACGUUUUAAGAAACCCCACGACCAUCGCUUGGAGGAGCCGCCGGCGCUGACGAGGGUGUGCCCGUGCUGCUGCUCCGUCAAGCCGCUACUGCCCGACCACUACGAACCGAUCUGUCUGCAGUUCAGGGACCUGCCGCUCAGAACAGUUCGUUCCCGGCGGCUGGUGAUCCGCAACGAGUCGUCGGUGAGCGCGCGCUGGAGCAGCGCCGUGCGCCGCUGGCCGAGGGUGCACAGCAGGACGCUCCACGCAGACCAGUGGGUGUGCGACGUGCGCGCGCCGGGCGUGCGGCUGCAGUGCUCGCCGGCGCGCGGCGCGCUGCCGCCGCGCUCCGCCGCCGACGUGCUGGUCAGCGUGUACGCCGCGUGCUGGGGACUCUACCGGGACCAGAUACUCAUACACGUGGAGGGCGUGGAGCCGGUAGUGCUGGACGUGUGGGUGCAGGCGGUCGGCGUGCCGCUUCACUUCGCGAUCAGCAGCGAACAAGAAGCACAAACUGAUUCGGUGCUGUGGUGCGUACUAUAUGAUUGCUGA